GCGCCAGAUGUAAAAAUAGUUCGAGCAUGGGAACAUGCGAAGGCAGCAGCGCGGUGUAGGUCAGUGCCGAGUGUGUUUGGGUGGUUGUCGGGAGUAUCGUCUGGUUUUUCACAGAGAAGGGUAAUGGACAUGGGACACUUCGGUCAUAGCAGCGACAGUUCCCAAGGUGUGUUGUCUCUCAGUCCAUGACCUUGAAGGCAGUAUAGCCCCCAAGACCGGCCGCUACUGCAUCGACAUGUAAGGCUCAAAGCUGUGGUCGGGUGCGCGUGUGCGCUGCAUGGACUUUCGAGAUGAUGGACAAAAAGGUAGUCUGCAUCAGCAACCAGCGGCCGGCGUCAGCUUAAUGGCACAAGGCUUACGUUGAGAAUUGGCCGAGGUACGUUCGGAACACGAGGACGAUAAUCAGCUGUGGACGAGCUUUGUGACCUGAUUCAGCCGAUGCCAUUGUGAAGUGUUCAGACCGAAGCUCGAUCUACAUCAUGUGCGCGUGUGUAUCGUGCAUGUCAUUUUCGUCGUCGCUGUGAAGAGACGAAGCCUUGAGAGCAGCAGUUUUGACAGCAGUCAAAGGUCGAGAACCGGACUGUAUAAUUAACCAGUUACUCUUUUGAGACCAACAGUUUCUCCAUCUUGUCCUCUGGAAGAAUGGAUGCUGAAGUGUUCUCACUUCACUGCCGCCAUUUUACUGAACUGAAAGCUGCUUCUUGAAGCACGCAUUAUUAAAUGUUUUAAAGCUCUGGAGGGAGAGAGAGAGUACAGAAUGGGUCGGCAAGACACGUCAUGCCGAGAAGACGGGUCGUCGCAGUGACAGCGUGAUCAGAAGCAUCAGGCUGCAAGUGCUGGGGUGUCGGAGGUAACCACCAUUCAUGCUGAAUUCAUUCACUGCUGGAUUAGACAGCUAUUUAGAAAAGAAUAAAAACAACAACGUGAUAGCAGUUCAGGGAGGUGGUAUAUGCACACUGACAAUCCUCGUGACUGCUGGGAAGAUGACUUGAGCACGCAACAUCCGCAGACCACCGCGAGCAUUCCCAGCUACCGGGUAGAAGACAAAAGGACACGCGUUGGUUCCCCUUGGAGACAAAGUAGUGAUGAGAUGUUAUUCUAUAAACUAAAAGACUGUGCUCCACAUGGCUGUACACCGUUGUGAUUGACCUACAUGGCUUAGAAGCAGAGUUUUCUGGCCUGUUACAAGUCAAUACUCUGUCCGUUACACCCAGGCACGUGCUGCCUCCAACGCUACAAGCGCGCUUGCUUCUUCUGCCAGCAGGUAUCGCUGUGGCUUAUCGGCAUUUCAGAACAGAACCUAAGUCUUGAUUAAUGGAAUGUGUGCGAAGAUCUAAUUUCCUUAGUUACUGGAAUUAGUUUGAAGUGGAGGUGUUGGAUCACUUGCCCUAAAUGCCACUAUUACGUCAGUCCUAAUUAUAGUAUCAGGAUGAGUCGUGGGAACAAAGCCUGCGGAGCUUGCUGUGUGCGCACAAACGCUUGCUUACGUUGGUGAGCCAGUCAAGGUGCCAGGGCUGUGUUCCCUUGAAUAGUCAGCACAUCGUCCAGUCAAAAAUGGCUGACAGUCUUCUGAAGAGGAAGCGGUUCUUUUGCCGCGAGUGGGCUUUCAGUAAGGUGCAGCAUUGCCUGGAGACGCGACCCGCUUCGAAGACGUGCGGCGCCUUGAUCAUGGGCGGACCGGGCUGCGGCAAGACCGCCCUGUGCUGCGAGCUCGCCUGGCCGACGGUGGCACAGGGUAAGCAAGCAAGCCUGCACUCCCGUCUGCUGGCCUACCACUUCUGCCAGGCACACGACGUCGACACACUGUCCCUGGUCACCUUCAUCCGCGGCGUCGUGGAGCAGACGGCGCGGUCGGACCUCAUCCCGGGCUACAAAGAGAAGGUGCAGGAAGCGGCCAUCCAGCGGCUGCUGGAACCAGCGGAAUGCGAAAGGAACCCAGACGAAGCAUUCAAGCAGGCCUUCCUGCAUCCUCUGCAGGCGCUGACUCCUCCCGGCCACACCCUAAUGGUACUAGUAGACUCCAUCGACGAGUCGUAUCUGCAGUCCAUCAACGAGCGCGCCACGUGCAGCCGAACCAUCGCUGAACUGCUGGCCGCGCACCAUGCGCUCUUCCCAAACUGGCUGCUGCUGGUGUGCUCUUCCCGCAAGCAGAGCAAAUCGGUCACGCGCAUGUUCACAGGUUUCCGCAAGAUCAGCCUCGACGACCUGCGCAAAUCACACAUCGUGCGCGACGUGCAGCAGUACAUCCUCUGCCGCCUGGACCAAGAGGAAGGGUUGCGGCAGCAUCUCAGUCGCGACACAGCCGAGAUGCUGAAUCAGCUACACAUCAAGAGCAACGGCUGCUUCCUGUACCUGGAGAAGGUGCUUGAUGGGGUGGCGGAGAAUUUCAUUAUGCUCAGAGAGAUUCGAGAAAUCCCGGGCACACUGAAUGGUCUGUAUCUCUGGUUGUGUCAGCGGCUGUUCGUGCGCAAACAGUUCACCAAAAUUCAGCCCAUCUUGAAUGUACUGCUGGCCGCCAGCAGGCCUCUGACUGCCGACACCAUCUACAAGUGCUUGCUGACGCGGUCUCCCGCCUUGCAUACAGACGAGUUCGAACGCAAAAUGAAGCUUAUGUCGAAGAUUCUCAUCGAAGGGAAGAACAGCGAGAAAAUUCUGUUCCACCACAGCUUCGCGGAGUGGUUGUUGGACGUGAAGCACUGCACGCAGAAAUACCUGUGCGCCACCGAAGACGGUCAUGGCAUGCUGGCCAUGCACGCCACGAGCGCUGCGCGCGGACUGAACGCAGUUGGUGUGCAGGAAAUGGCGCUGCACCUCACACGGGCCAACCUGCAGCCGCCGCUGGAGCAGCAUCACCUGGUGCAGUGGCUUGUCCUCUCGGGCGCCAACGUAGAAGACAGCCUCCUCCGCUCACUGCCCAAGGAUUCGAAAGUGCUGAAGCUCCUGAUCGACGCCGGGGCGCGCAUGCCUACGCUGGAUAUCAGCACCGAGAGCCUGGCGGCAGAAGAGGAGCGCGCGGAGGAGGCUAAGAACAAAGAGGAAGCGGAAGUGCCCGUGGACCAAGUAGACACCAAUGGCCGCACCCUCCUGCAUACCUCCGCGCACCAGGGAAAGCAGAGCGCAGUGAUGACGCUGUUGGGGAGGGGGGCUGAUGUGGAGGCCGUGGACAAAACUGGACAGACAGCCUUGAACCUGGCCGCCAGACAGGGUCACGCGCCUGUCGUGUCCGCGCUUCUGAAGGCUGGAGCCGCCGUUGACCACGCAGAUAACGAUGGGUGGACAGCUUUGCGGUCAGCCGCAUGGGGUGGUCACACGGAAGUGGUGUCUGUGCUGCUAGCGGCCGGCGCCCGUGUGGAUCACGCGGACAGCGACCAGCGCACAGCUUUGCGGGCUGCAGCCUGGGGUGGGCACGAGGACAUUGUGCUGCAGCUGCUGCGUCAUGGAGCCGACGUCAACAAGGCGGACAACGAAGGUCGCACGGCACUGAUCGCUGCUGCCUACAUGGGACACGUGGAGAUCGUCGAACACCUCCUGAACUACCAAGCAGACAUUAACCACCAGGACUGCGACGGUCGCACGGCUUUGUCCGUCGCUGCGCUGUGCAUUCCGGCCAGCGAGGGCCACGAGAAAGUGGUUAGCCUCUUGCUGGACCGUGGCGCCGCCGUGGACCACCAGGAUCGCGACGGCAUGACGCCGCUGCUGGUGGCAGCGUACGAAGGCCAUACGGACGUAUGCGAGUUGCUGCUGGAGUGGGAAGCUGACGUAGACCACGCUGAUCACAGUAACCGCACUCCUCUGUGGGCGGCCGCCUCCUCCGGACACUCCAAGUUGGUUGGGCAGCUGCUGUUCUGGGGCGCCGCCGUCGACCACAUCGAUAGCGAAGGACGUACUGUGCUCAGCGUCGCUGCAGCCCAAGGGUCAGUGGAAGUGGUCAGGCAGCUACUGGAGAGAGGCUUGGACGAGAUGCACCGAGACAACUCUGGCUGGACACCGCUACACAUGGCAGCUUACGAGGGACAUAGAGAGAUCUGCCAGCUGCUGGUGGAGCAGGGCGCAAAGGUCAACGAAGUGGACAACGACGGGCGGCACCCGCUGAUACACGCGGCACAGGAGGGGCAUCUGUCCGUCGUGCAGUACCUCAUAGACCGGGGAUCCCGUCUCGAUCACAGGAGCCACGACGGCAAGACUGCUUUCAGGGUCGCCUGUUCGGAAGGUCACCGGGAAGUCGCCGAGUAUUUGAUCGCGCAGGGUUCGGAUCUUAACUACCGGGAUGCGGACGGUCGCUCCACCCUGUACGUGCUGGCCCUGGAGAACCACCAGGACACUGCGACCUUCCUGCUUAGCCGCGGCGCUCACGUGGAGGCUGCUGACCUGGAAGGACGGACCCCCUUGCACGUGGCGGCCUGGCAGGGUCACUUCGAUAUGGUUCAGCUGCUUCUCAAUCACCAAGCCAACGUCAACGCUGUGGACAACGAUCGCCGCACUGCCUUGCAGUCCGCCGCCUGGCAGGGUCACGACCGCGUAGUGAACCUCUUGUUGGAAAGAGGAGCCGAGGUCGACCACAUGUGCAACCAGGGCGCCACGGCGCUAUGCAUCGCGGCCCAGGAGGGCCACGAGGAAGUGGUUCGAGUCCUCCUGCGACAACAGGCUAACCCGAACCACGCCGACCAGUUUGGCAGGACUCCUGUGCGUGUGGCCUUAAAGUCUGGCCAUCUGUCUGUGGUGAGAAUACUUGAGGACUUCGGAGCCACGCCAGUGUCCUACACAAAGAGUAGAAGCUCAUCGUCCAACUCAUCCACGGACAUGCGUCCACCCAACCCCACUCCUAACAGUUCCUCUGUCACCUCACCCGGCACCACCGGCGCAGUUGGUGGCGGAUCAGCCGCAGGUAAUGGAGGGGCAAGUGUUAACUCUACACAAGCCGCUGGUACUACCUUAGUCGUGCAUAGCUCCCCCUCCGACUCGCCUGAGUCCACCUUCGACCGCCGGAAGUCGUACCAGUCCAACAAUUCUUCCAAGUCCUCUAGUAACAUGACCACAUCCACCAAUCAGAGCACGCAGAGCCAGCCACAGCAAGCCAAGGGAGGAGAGGGCGAGUGCCUGACCUUCACUCAGCAGCUGCAGCAGUGCUCCAUGGGCAAGAACCGAUCCAGGCCCAUCAGUCGAGUGUUGUCCCCUGUCAGCGAGCCGCAGAGCCCUGUUCAGUCGCCACCCGUGUCGCCCGUAGUGGAGAUAAUCAAGAUACCUAGUAUGAGCAUCAGCAACGUGGCAGGCAGCGGGGUAUCCAAAACUGUAGAGGGCUGUGGUGGGGGGAUUGGCGGAGUGACAGUCACCAGUAGCGGGAGAGUGUGCGUGGAUUUGGGGGGCGGGAAGGAGGUGAUCGGCGGGCGACCCAUCUCGUCACCCAACCUGGAGCGCAAUCUCAAUAUGCUGGCCCCGUCCCCAGUCAAGUGCGCCUCCUCCAAGCCCGAAAAAAUCUCGGCCACUAUCAACAUCAUCACCAACCCCAACGCUGACAUGCUACCCACACCGGAGGAACCGGUGUGGCAGAUGCACCCGGUCCCAAACCUCAAGACAUCUCGCCCGCCCCCACCCCCACCCACGAACUAUUCUGCGAUUAGUCCCACCACCGCCCCCGCCCUGCCUCCACGAAUACCGCUGACCGACUCUCCGACCAAGAUUGUCAUGGGCAGCGCCGGCCAUACUUCAGUUCCUAUAGAAAGCCGCUCGCCGGAACUGCGGCGCAAACGGAACGGCAUUGUCACCAAUCCAAAGGUCACUAAGAGCCCAGGGGUUAACAAUGGGCACUACAACAAGCUGUCUGCCGCCGACAAGAAGAAUGGGGCGGCCAAAGGCAGUGUCGGGAACGGAGGCAGCAAAGGCUUUUCCAACAUUCAGCCCAACCCUCCCGGCAACGGCCGCGACAGUAGUGGAAAGGCCGUCAGGCCCACAGGGUUACCGGGACCUUUAAAGAAGGAGGCGCCAAUGUAAGAAGACGAGUCACUGUGGCUGCUGAUCAUCUUUCCGAGUGCUUGGUUUUUAAUUUUGUCACGUGGUGCGGGGCCAGUGUUUGUGUGAGAGAGAAAGAGGAACUUGGACGAAUUAGCUCCAGCAUUUCACCCAUUGUUUAUUAUUAUUUUCCUAAUCGUCUGCAACUCCCUAGCCUAAAGAAGUGAUCAGUUUUUUUCGGCUGUUAUUGCCUGCAGGUGAUUUGUAUUACAAUCAUGUUUGCAGAUAUCGCAAGUACAUAAACUCUUUCUUCUCUUUUUUGCUUCGGGGAUGCAGGUUCUACUGAUGGUAGGCGGGGCACAAGACUCGCGCUGUUGUCUGACCCGUGAAUAGAACCAAGCAUCGCGUGAAAAGACUGGGAACAAAAGAAAAAGUUUACCAAACGCUUUUACUUACAAUAUUCCAGACAGUUAACUAAACCUUUUACCAGCUUAUGUUUUUGUGAAGCGGCACCUCGCUGUCCCAGUCCACUGCAAUUUUUCCAGUUGUUCUGUAUAAAAAGGCAAAGCUUUUAUUUGUCACACUUCUUUCAAGCAAUACAAAGACUUUUAUUUGUCACAUUUGUUUUGAGCAAAAUAAGAACCAUGCUUCAUUGUGGGCAGUAAGUGGAUUUGCUCAUUACCUCUUUUUUUCAGGAGUUGGUUGUUAGUUUGUUUGUUUUAUUUCCAAAGUCGUGAGGCAAAGGUUGAGGAACACAUUGUAAACAGGACCUAUAAAAUAAAUGAUAGGACCUUCUGCUCUCCCCUCUCUCGACAGAAAGAAAAGAAAGGAUAAUAGUUGUAGCUUUUAAUAAGGGUUAUCCAUCGUAUUUGUGGGCCAUAGUCAUCACUAUGAUCAAAUCUUGUUUGAGAGACACAGCGUUACAGACGCGACACUCAUUAUUUGCAGACAAAAUCUGUGCAGAAGCAUCUUCCUCUAUGUCUGCUUCCCUCGAACGUCCUCCAGAGCGACCAAUAUACAAAUUACCUUUUGAAAGUUGUCGAAACAAGACACUCUUUUUUAUUGUUUGACGAGUGAUCGGAACAUACAAAACAUUCUCUGUGUGUGUGUGUGCGCGCGAGCGCGCAACGUUUGUCGGGUAGAUCGGUUUUUAACGCUCGGCAAAUUUAUGGAACACAAAUUUUGUGCGACUAUCAUCGGAACUCAUGAAACAUCGGUAUCUGAGGCCAUUACCAGGAAACUCGUGGUUUGCAACAAAAACAGAAUACAGAACAAAGUUUACUUUUGUGAAAGAACCUGUACAUUUUAAACUCCAAGAUCCUAUUGCAUGUCUUCUUUUGUCCCAUUUUUCUGGCGCAGGUUACCUUCCCAGGAUCUCAGUCACGGAAACCAGAGAAAAGGUAGUCACAAUAGUCACAAGUUCUUGGGUUGAGCCGAAAGAGAGAGAAAUGUAGGAAGAUAUUUAUGAUGGGACUCCUUCUAAAGCCCUCGUAAUGGAACUUUGCAGUGUACUCCUCCCCAGCUUGCUCUGAAGUGACUAGCCAGAAGGCAUAACACUGUGGUUUGUGCAGGUUAAUUUGCUGCACCUAAUUUAAAGUUUUUACAUUUCAUUUUUGAGAGGCUUCGAUGUAGAUUACGUUAGACGCUAGCUACACCACGCGUUGACAGACACAACUGUGUGCCAUUAAAGAAGUUUUAUUUCUUUGUUGCUGAAGGUAUGUGACCGACUGACGAAGAAAUGAAAGAUGUCUGUUUUUCGCCACAUUUUUAGAUAUCGACGAGUUGAUAUUUUUUCACAAGAAGAAAGCAUAAUUGUUAGCCGAUUCUAAAGGAUGUGUAAGAUUUUUUAUAUUACAUUUUUUAGAUUGCUUCAGUUUUGACUUUGAGACUUGUUAAUAGCUCUUUUGUUUGGAAGCGAUCAUGCGUGUGAAACAGAAUUUUAUUGCAUGUUCACUCAUAUAAGUAAAGCAUUGUAUAAUUUCCUGUGAAUUUUGUGAGUGCAGGAAAGCCAGAUACAAGACAGUGGUAUGUUUCUGCUCUACCAGUCGAUUUUGCUACCGUGUUAUCACGAGCUAGUCUGUAUUUGCAUAAGAUGGUUUUGCUUUGGGUCGAUUUUGCUUUGUGGUCAUGUUUGCAGAUUAGCUUCGUUUUCUAACCACCUUGUCCACUGUAACUUAAAGUUUUUUAGUGGACUUUGGAAAAGCAGUACCCCUGGCUGACGUUGUCAUUGUUUACAUGGACUUUUCAUCGAACUAAAGACAACUCUUGAGAACUGUUGAUGGUCUGGGUCACUGUUUAGUUUUUACAUGAUAAAGAAUUAUGUAGUCAUUAAGUCCCGCAGAGUCAGCGUAGAAGGAACUAGUAGCAGUUGCGGUGGUAAAGAAACUCUUGUGCUUUGCAGAGUUUCUCGCUACAUCGCUUAGAUUUUCGUAGAAAUAUAACUUUGGGCAUGACUCUGUUGCAGCCAUUGACAUCAAACACAGGUGUUACAUGCUAGAGCGUAUUGUUAAUAUCUGUUAAUGUUUCUUUUGUUCUAAAUUGUGUCGUGUGGAUACUUAUGUGUGGUCAGAAGAUCAGAUGCAGUAGAGGUACCUUUGUGGUUGAACUAUGACACCUUUGCGCGUGUGUUCGUGUGUGUGCGUGGUAAUAUGUUCAGCUGUGUAGUGAACUUUAACCAGCUGGCAUGAAUAUUGAGAAUCUGCAGCGUUUCUUACUAAACUCUUUAAAUUGUUGACUAAUGUGUAGCUAUCAGUUUUCUCCCUAAAAUUUGAGAUAGUACAAAAGCAUAUGUGCCGUGAACCCCUUCAUCCUUGCUUACACGGACUGCAGUACAAGGGUAUUGGCUAAAGCCGCCUAGAGCUUGUCAAAAUGCAUUAAAAUGUGAUGUAAAAUUUCAAAUAAAGCUUGUUGAGAAGUUAUUUAAAGAGAACCGAUAUGGACAAGGUCGCAUAUUAUAUAAUCCGAAUAUCAAGACUUGCUGGCGCAGUUUUACGAACAACAAAUUGGUUAAGUUACCCAUUUCAUUCAAAGUACAUGUAUGUUCCAGAAGCAUAAAACCAGAAAAUUGCGUACAUACUGUUAUCAUGCAGAUCUUAUUAGCUUUCCCGUGAUCUACACAAAAUCUGUCUUUGAAGUGGGAGAGGAUAAACUCCAAGAAUUAAAAAUAAAAAUCAACUGUUAAGCCUUUUAAGACACUGUUAUUCAAGAAUGUGUCCCGUUUUCUUGGGGGCAUCCUGAGCACUUUGAAGAACACCGCCGUGACUUGUGUCCGCUAUAAGGUGCAAACUUUCUUUUACCUUUUUUUUUUGUCGGUUGAAAAUUAACGUCAGCAUUCCACUAAGAGAAAACGGUACAAGCCAUGGGGUAGGUGCUGAAAGGCGAAGGUCACACAAAGACGAAAGAUCUUCCUUUCGGCCCAAACCGUGAUGUAACUGGCUUUGCAAGGGCACUUUUCCUGCUAGCCCUGUUUCGUGUGUAGGAUUUUAUAUAUAUUUGGCUCGAGACCAAAGUCUGCAAUAUUACAUAAAGAUAACGGUGUCUAAUAGUUCCAACAGUCACCGACAAGGGUCUUUUUAAGUCUAGUAAAAUGCUACACGGAACUUGACCUUAACAAGUUUCAAUUCUACAGUAUCCUUCGGAAACUUUGUUGAGGGUGUUGACAUGAGGCAGAGUAGGAAAAGAGAAUGUGAAAUUCCGACGAUCGGUGUACAGGUGAUAACGACUACACGCUGGGUAAUGUCAUUACGUUUGGCCACCAGGACUAACAGCAUCAUGCUGUUGACAUGGAUUCGAAUAAAGAGGCUGCGUCUGUUCAGGAUAACAGAAACAUUGAUUUUAAUAUAGUUACGUGGCCGUUAUUUUGUAUGUAAUCAUUGCAAAUCUUAUUUAAUUAUUUUUACCGAGGCAUCGAAAUAACUUCCAUUUCAGAACAGCAUUGUCUCUUGCCUUUGUUUGGAGCAAGUGUCCACUCUCCCCUGCCGCCAGCAGCGAGCAGCCCUCUUCUUGUCCCCACCCACUCUCCAGUCCUCACCAUCACCCCCACCCUGUUCGGAGACCGUUCUCAAAUUUCCAAUGAGCUUGUCACGCACAGGUCAGGCUGACCCAAACCAUCUGUUUCUGCAGACGCCAGAAGACGGGUUCAUUGCUGUCAGAAUUUUUUUUUUUUAGUUCUUUCCUUUUUUGAAAAAAAAAGGCUUGGGUCACGUCGGUGCAUGCUCUGUGCUUUGUUCUUGCACAGAGAUGCUAGUUGUUUUCGGCUUACGGUGAUACGAUAACAACACUGUGUGCUGUUUCGUAUACUUUCCACACUGAAAAAUGUCAUUUAAAAUUUGUUUUUGUUUUGUGUAGCCGGUGGUACGCCUCUGAUCCAAAAUGCAAAUCUUUUAUUGAAUCAAACUUGACAAAUACCGUCGAACUGCAUUACCACCUGGUGUGUUAACAAUCACCACAAUUAUUAUCUUGUCUUUUUAUCUCCUAGACAUAGCUACCCUAUGAAAGCAUCUUCAGUAGCUCUACAUUUCAAGACUUGGCGUUUUUUGGCCCAAUGAUCAUUUUCAUCGCUGCCCUUGACGUUAUUGUCGUCACGAGCAUCAUCACCCCUGCUGAGAAAGACGAGAACAAAGCCCGCACUACUUCCGUCUGGUGUGGACUGCGAGAUGCGUUCAUGUUAGCCAAGCCGCUUGUGUCGCUCACGCGCUCUAUUAGGGGCUAGAAAGAAGAAUGCAUGCGUUGAGACCCGGAUGUCGCUCUUUCGUGUAAGACGCAUAAUCACCCCAAACGUCAGCAUCAUGGGUGUCGAGGUAUCCAUGGUAACUUGAGAUCGUUACCCGCUGGGUAAAGACGCAGGCCAGGGAUUUGCGACAAGGCAUUUGGGACUCUUUCCGUGAUUCCCAGUCUGCACAUCUGUCAUAGAAACAGCGGGCUAGGGGCCGUGAUGCAUCAUCGCUAACAGUUUUGAUUAGAUCAUCUUUUUCCAUAGCAACGAAGGCCUCUUGUGUGACUAGGCAGCGUCGAGCGUUGUCGAGGUGGGCUGUCUGAUCAGCAUCAUGCAGUGUGUGGCGCAUUUCUGUACGCAUUUAUUUAUGGAUCGAACUUUGUUGGUCGAUACUACGGUAGUCUGCAGGCAACGGCCGGUCAAACUGAGCUGGAAUCAGGUGCGUUUAGCGCUUAAUUUAAUGAAUACAUUUCCAGGUGCCUAUAGCAAAGAGGAAUUUCUGACUGGCCUCACUUCGCUGGAUACAUUACUUAAAUGUAACCAAUACCCUUGACCUAUACCAGACUGUUAAAGUCUACCCGCUUUGGCUUUUGGGAAAAGGUAAGGGGAGGGGGUGUAUAUGUCAAGCAAGCAACUGUAUCCCGGCAAAGCAGCCGUCAGAGAAACAGAAAAUGCCCGUAACGAGAUCUGAACCUCGGGGUAUCACUGUAUUGGUAAGUGCGCCACCGGACCACGCUUGCCGUUUGAAAAAUAUUGACGCCCUGAGAGAUUCUCGAGUGCAUGCUUGCAACAGGGGAGGACGGGUCGUGCAUUGCCUUUGCCGGCUUCUUCCUCGAACAUGCAAAAGAAUCACAGAUUCAUAUAAAAACAUAUUAACAAUCAAGACGAAUAAUGCGCCAUGGCAAUCACUCUGUCCACCAAGUUGUCUUUCAGCAGUACCAGCCCGGAUUGUUGUGCCCAACCGAUGGCAGAAUUAGGUCUCAGCGGUACACCCCAAACUGUUAUUAAAUAACUCGUGCGGAUCAUACAAAAGAGGUGUACUUAAAAACAAUGAAUGCAAUGUUGUUGAAAGAAUUUACCAAACUUCCAGCUUUGUGCGGUGUUCUAUGGCAUUUUACUGGCAGACAGCUUGAAUGCAGCUGUAUGAUGCAAGGGAGAGAACUGCUGGUAAUGAGAGGGGGUGGGGAAGGACGCGAGCAGCAGCGGGUCUCAAUAGGUUCUCGGAAAGUUUUGCAAAUUAGGGUCACUGGUAGUCCUUCAUCGGAAGAGAAUAUAAAAAUGGUUUUGAAAUGCAGCUAUUACAGAUGCUGGUCAAUUUGUUUUGCUCAAUAGAGAUAUGGAAAAAAGACAUACAGGUUUUACAGGCUGUGAACAAGUACAUCAAGGGCAAUAAGCAAUACAGUCAUUGUGCAGAAUUACAACACAUUGGAUCCAUCACAAGCCAAGUACAACAACUCUGUUGAAUUAGAUUACAAAAUUUCCUGUGUCUGGUGUUUUCGUUAAGAUGCUUUUAAUGUUGUCUUCGAACUGAGCGGAAAUAACCAUUUAAUCAACUGACAAUCUGAGAAAAGUUUUGAGGUUGAUGGUCUCUCAUACCCAGCCUCACAGGUCUAGCUAAAAUUUAUGCUGGACUAGAUCAGAUGGUAUAUAGGAAAGGUAGUUUGUUGGAAUGCUACAUAUUCUCCCAUUUAUAUCAAAUUCAGUUCCACCUUUUAAAAAAUGAAACAUUAUCUCUGGCUGUAUGCAGUCUUUUUGUGAGCAACAUGAUGUUAAUUGCAUUAGGGCUGCUGUAUAGCUGUAAAAGAUGGUUUUUCCAAAUAAAAUGCUUUCACUACAAUGUUGCAGCAACAGCAGUACAACCAUGAUCAUACAUAUAAAUAGCCAGGUCCAGAUGCACCAUGUGCCCCACCUUCAUGCCCUCAAAUGUACAGGGGAAAGAGAUGAGAAACCCAAAUACAAUUCAAAGCUUGAGGUUCAAAGUAUAAGCAAAGUUUGGCUGCCAGUGGUUUAAUGCUUUACGGAGAUGUUUACAAAUCUUUGACAAGUCAGUGGCUUUGUUAAAUUUUAUCCUAAAUUGUGUGGUUGGUGAUGUAAUAGAUGAUUGUUAUGUUACUACCAGUCUUUGUAGUCCCUACUGUACAGUCUUGCAAAGGGAAAGCUUAUCAAGACUGGUGAGCUGUGAUCACCCUUUUCUCGAAAUGUCAUUUGAAGACCUCAUUUUAAAUGCUAAUGCAUGUAGAAUUUGUUUUCACUUGUUCCUUAAAGAUAUUAAUUCUGUUUGUGACUGGAGAUCUCCAGUUAAUUUUAAAUGAUUCCCCUUUAAGAUUUAGCAUAAUAAACUGUGAAUUUCAUAUGUCCAAGUUGAGGUAAGCACAUUGCUUGUUAAGUUUGUUUCCAUGUAUUGAUAGAAUAAUGAAGGAACAAAUUGCUACCUCUUGUUAUAUGGUCUGUUGCAGAAUUUUCUUAUUUAGUAAAAAUUCUACACUUGUAAUGUUUACCACUCUAGAGAAGAAAAUGCUUAGUUAUGUGUGAACUUUUAAAUAAUUGAGCAUGCUUAUUCUUUGAUAGAAUUUCCGCUGCCCUUUCACUUUUACUAUUUGCGUUUAAAAAAAGCCAUUUCUCCUAUAAUUGUGUUAUAAACCAGCCUGGUGGCUUCAUAAUUUGUCUGGCUGUGCAAAAUAUAUAUUGUUUUAUAUCAAAGUUUCAUGUCUGAAAUCUUUCUAAGUUUUCUGAGGGUAAAUUUUAAGAGAUUGAAUUAACAGAAGCCCUGAAGAGAUUUUGUAGCUUAAUGUUAUCACUUAGUUUAUUAACUGUUGCAGGCCAACUCUGAAUUCAGGUUACAUGAUGUCAUUAUUGUCAAGUGUGUGCAAGUUGUUAGUAAUGGAAAUGACACAACCACUGUGAGGAUGAUUGGUUGCAUUCUUUUUCGUUCACUUGCUAAACCCAAAGUUCAUUUGCUCCUACCCUUGUCACUCUUUAUUUUGUCAUUGUGUAUAUACUUUGUACUUCCACAGAACAAAUAUCUCUUAUUCUGAUCUCGAGGCAGAGUAACUUUCUUUGAUGUGCAAUGUACAGACUGGAGUCCAAUGAAGGCUCAUUAGUUCUUUUAUGCGAGUUGUCACAGUUGCUUUUUCUUUUCUUUUCAAAGGUUGGGUGGAUCACACCAAUGGUGUGAAUAUGCGCCCCAUGUUGCUUUGUUUGGAAAAUGUAUGGAAAUAAAGCAUUACAAAAUGUU